UUCCAGCCCGGCCGCAGGGCGGGCGCUUAGACGCGGUGGGAGGGACCCGGACGCGGCCGCUCGAGGAAAGCCCGAGAAGGCCCACGGCACCGAAGCCCCUCGGAGCGCCGCCCCAGCUUCCUGUUCUCGAAAGUCAGCCCGUCUUCCUACGGGCCGAGCGCCCCGGGGCUGCGGAGCUGGGGGGGCGCUCGAGCUGCGAGGAUCCGGGCUGCCCGCGAGACCAGGAGCGGGCGCCCAGGAUGGGGUGCGUGAAGUCCAGGUUCCUCCGGGACGGCAAGAUCUCGAAAGCUGAGCCCAACACCACCGCACACAGCCCUGGAGACAUGCCGGACCCCACAUCCAUGGCCAAGCUGGGGCCUAACAGCAACAAUGGCCACCCACCGGGGUUUGUGGAGGCAGGCUCUGAGGACGUCGUCGUGGUUGCCCUGUACGAUUACGACGCCAUUCACCAUGAAGACCUCAGCUUCCGGAAGGGGGACCAGAUGGUGGUCCUGGAGGAGUGUGGGGAGUGGUGGAAGGCUCGAUCCCUGGCCACCCGGAAAGAGGGUUACAUCCCAAGCAAUUAUGUAGCCCGUGUCAACUCUCUGGAGACAGAGGAGUGGUUCUUCAAGGGCAUCAGCAGGAAGGACGCAGAGCGCCAGCUACUGGCUCCCGGCAACGUGCUGGGCUCCUUCAUGAUCCGAGACAGCGAGACCACCAAAGGGAGCUACUCUUUGUCUGUGCGAGACUACGACCCCCAGCAAGGAGAUGCAGUGAAGCAUUACAAGAUCCGGACCCUGGACAACGGGGGCUUCUACAUCUCUCCGAGGACGACCUUCAGCACCCUGCAGGACCUGGUGGCCCACUACAAGAAGGGGAACGAUGGACUCUGCCAGAAGUUGUCGGUGCCCUGCGUGUCCUCUAAGCCCCAGAAGCCUUGGGAGAAAGAUGCCUGGGAGAUCCCCCGGGAAUCCCUCAAGCUGGAGAAGAGACUCGGAGCUGGGCAGUUUGGGGAAGUCUGGAUGGCCACCUACAACAAGCACACCAAGGUGGCGGUGAAGACGAUGAAGCCAGGCAGCAUGUCGGUGGAGGCCUUCCUGGCCGAGGCCAACCUGAUGAAGACCCUGCAGCACGACAAGCUGGUGAAGCUGCACGCCGUGGUCACGGAGGAGCCCAUCUUCAUCAUCACGGAGUUCAUGGCCAAAGGAAGCCUGCUGGACUUUCUGAAAAGCGACGAAGGCAGCAAGCAGCCCUUGCCAAAGCUCAUCGACUUCUCAGCCCAGAUUGCAGAAGGCAUGGCCUUCAUUGAGCACAGAAACUACAUUCACCGAGACCUCCGAGCCGCCAACAUCUUGGUCUCUGCAUCCCUGGUGUGUAAGAUUGCCGACUUCGGCCUGGCACGGAUCAUCGAAGACAAUGAGUACACAGCUCGGGAAGGGGCCAAGUUCCCCAUCAAGUGGACGGCUCCCGAAGCCAUCAACUUUGGCUCCUUCACCAUUAAGUCAGAUGUCUGGUCCUUUGGUGUCCUGCUGAUGGAGAUCGUCACCUACGGCCGGAUCCCUUACCCAGGGAUGACAAACCCCGAGGUGAUCCGAGCACUGGAGCAUGGGUACCGGAUGCCGCGACCAGAGAACUGCCCAGAGGAGCUCUACAGCAUCAUGACUCGCUGCUGGAAGAACCGCCCGGAGGAGCGGCCCACCUUUGAAUACAUCCAGAGUGUGCUGGACGACUUCUACACGGCCACUGAGAGCCAGUACCAACAGCAGCCGUGACAGACGGGACCAGGGCAGGGCCAGGAGCCCCAGAGGUGCCUGAGGUGGCUCCAACACCGUCUGCUGGGGCCACCCACCCUUCCCACUCCCAGACACCCACCCACACUGCAGCCACAAUUUCUUCAUCUGUCAAGUGGGCAGGUUGGACUGGACAAUUUUUUUUUUCACUCUAACAAUCCACAAUCUGCCAUUCUCAGGAGACCCCAAGUUGAUAUUUCUAUUGCCUGGGAUGGUUGGAUUUCAGUUACAGCUGUGGUUUGGAUGGGAAACUUUCAAAAUAAUGAAAUAAUAUUUAAAUAAAUAAAAGAUAUGAAUUCCAAAGCCUUUACCAAAA